CACCACCACCACACACUCGCAAUCAUGGCGGGAGUCACGAAAAACCCCGAAGAUGUGGCCAAAGAAAACGAUCUUCUUCCCAAACUCAUCCAACACCUCGACCGCCAUUUAAUCUUCCCUCUCCUCCAGUUCGUCGCUGAUCAAGAGGAGGAGCCUGCGCCAGAGACUACGAAGGCGAAAUAUGAGUUGUUGAAGAAGACAAAUAUGACAGACUAUGUGGCAACGUUGUAUUGUGAUCUGGAGGGCGUGAGCGAGCCGCCGAAGGAGUUUGCGACCAAGAGGCAGGAAGUCCUGGAUAAAUUGGAGAUAUACGCACAAGAGAGCGAGAAGAUCACGGAUUUGCUGGGCAGAGAGGACGUUGUUACGAGUUUGAGAAGUGACAAAGUUGCAAAUUUGGAGUUCUUGAAGAAGGAGCAUGACGUUACCAUCGAGAUGGUCAAUGUGUUGUAUGACUUUGGCAACUUCCAGUACAGCUGCGGAAACUACCAAGCAGCAGCCGAACUCCUCUACCAAUUCCGAGUUCUCUCAACCGACAACGACAAGGUCUCUGCUGCAACAUGGGGAAAGCUGGCUUCGGAAAUCCUGACCACGAACUGGGAGUCCGCUAUGGAGGAGGUACAAAAGGUGAAGGAAUCGAUUGAUACCAAGCUCUUCAACAACUCCCUGGCACAACUCACCCACCGCACCUGGCUCAUCCACUGGGCACUCUUCCCCUUCUUCAACUAUGAGCCUGCACGGGACACAAUCUGCGAGCUCUUCUUCUCCGCCCCCUUCAUCAACACUAUCCAAACCGCCUGCCCGUGGAUCCUCCGCUACCUGACCGCAGCCGUCAUCACCAACCGUAGCCGCACCCGGAACACUGGCCAAUACCAAAAGCAGCUCAAAGACGUGAUCCGCAUCGUCAAGCAAGAAAACUACGAAUACCACGAUCCAGUCACCGACUUCAUCAAAGCCCUCUACAUCGACUUUGACUUUGAGGAGGCGCAGAAAAAACUCUCCGAAGCUGAGGAAGUCCUCCGCUCAGAUUUCUUUCUCGUCGCUGCUUCUGAUUCGUUUGUUGAGGCUGCAAGACAUCUGAUUUCAGAGAGCUACUGCAAGAUUCAUCAGCGGAUCGACAUCAAGGACUUGAGCGCGAGAUUAGGCCUGAAUCAGGAUGAUGGCGAGAAGUGGAUUGUUAAUCUGAUUCGGGAUACAAGGGUUGAUGCCAAGAUCGACUAUAAGGAGGGGACUGUCGUUAUGAAUCACCCGCCUAGCAGCGUCUACCAGCAAGUUAUCGAGCGGACGAAAGGUGGAUUCUUCAGGACGCAGGUGCUUAGUGCUGCGGUCGCGAAGUGAGGAGUGGCUUCUAUUUGGUGAGACCCAUACAUAUGAAAAUUGCGAUGAUGGCUACUUGUGGGGAGGCUGAAGAACGAAGAUCUGAAGGGAGGAGUGCAUGGUUGGCGUUCAGGCUGGGCACGAGAGAAGUAAAAUGGGUGGUCUGAUAUAAUGGUUGUUCGCGUGCAUAUUGCUGGCUAGGCAUAUCUAAUCAGCAGAAAGAAAGCCUUAGAUAGUGUUGAUUUAUCAAUGCCCCAGUUUGUUGCUGUAUUGGUGCUCUUUUUUUAUUAUUCAAAGAGAUCAAGUUGAUCUAAUGCCUUGAAAUACUUGCCCUGUGAUUCCUGAACUUCU